CGAAUUUUAGGGGAUCUUCUGCUCACGCCCUCUCCUCUCUACUUAAACCCCCUCUCUUUCCGAUCAUCUCAACCCACUCUUCUCUUCCUCUUCUGCCUCUCUCUCUCUCGGUCACUUCUUCAUUUGGCUCGUUCAGAAGCACCUCCUUUCAUGAGGCAUUGGGAAUCGUAAAAGCAAGUCGAAGGCGAGCCAUUGGUGUAGAGAAACAUCAACAUAAGUUUCCUGCAAUACCUACGGAAGCGGUUGGGCGAUCAGCAGACUCGGUGUGGAACAAACCACUCUGAUCCCAGUAAAAAGAUCGGGGCUUUGACGACAAUGGCGGACUCCGAGCCCGAGAGCAGCGCCAAUUCCAUGUCUUCCAACUCGUCACCGUCUUCGUCUUCUCCCUCUCGAGCCCUUCAUCAUCGGCAAGCGAUGGGCACGUCGUCGAGUUCUGCAAAGAAGGCUGCCAAAGGCGGCGGCGCGGACCAGAGAAGGUACCCCGUGUACCGCGGCGUGCGGAAGCGGAGCUGGGGGAAGUGGGUGUCGGAGAUCCGGGAGCCCCGCAAGAAGUCGCGCAUCUGGCUGGGGACGUUCCCGACGCCGGAAAUGGCGGCGCGCGCCCACGACGUGGCGGCGCUAAGCAUCAAGGGCGCCGCUGCUAUCCUCAACUUCCCCGAGCUGGCCGCCUCCCUCCCCCGACCCGCCACCCUCGCGCCCCACGACAUCCAGGCGGCCGCCGCGAAGGCCGCCGCCAUGGAGCCCGCGGCCCUGACGCAGUCCCCCAGCUCCUUGCCCGCCGCAGCCGCCGAGCUCGGUGAGAUCGGCGAGCUGCCGCGACUGGAUGGCUGGUUCCUCGAAUCGGUCGAUCCAGGGGCCGACUUCCUCUACCACCACGACCCGCUCGACUCGUUUCUGUAUCCGGAAAGCGAUCUUUACGACUCGACGUCCGAUCAGAUGUGGUGGUCGGAUGCUUUGGUUCCCACCAGCUUCGACGCUGGUCUAUGGGACUACUGAGUCUCUCUCUCUCUCUCUCUCUCUCUCUCUGCGCUUGAGAAGGGAUGGAAGAAGGAAAGAGUUGAUUGGUUCAGCGCAUGCAAUCAAUUCGUUCCAUGUCUUGUCAGGGAUGAAACCUUCGUCCCGCUGCAUGUUCCCGAAUUCUUUGUUGCUUACAAAUCAGAAUCACCAAUUAACUCAUGCUGUUCUCUGUGGCUUUUCAUUACAUCUGCUGCCGCU